ACACUUUUCAGUAUUUGUCACAGACUAAUUUACACUUUGCACAAUUCCAAAAAAAAUAUGUUAAUUUUGUAGAUAAAUGUUAAAAAAAAGGUUUCAAUAAAUUCCUGGAUCAAUUCAAGACACACACACACACACCCAAAUAGAGAGAGACAGAGAGAGAGAGGGAGUGAGAGAGAGAGAGAGAGAGAGGGAGAAGGUAAAGGUAAAGGUAUGGCCAAACAUUUUGCACGUAUUAUCGUGUAUGGCGCCCAAUCGGUGGGUCGGGCCUUCGUCAAGGCCAUACGUCAGGAGAUUGAAGCAUCCCGAGCGGCGGCAAGUCACCAUCAGAUGAUCAAAAAUAAAUGCCAUUGCGAUGACUUAACACUAAAGGGCAUGUCCCUGAACGAGGCCCAACAAAUACUCAAUCUGAAGGAUCUGUCCAGCAUUGAAGAAAUCCAGGGCAACUAUGAGCAUCUGUUUCGGGCCAAUGAGAAAUCAACUGGAGGUUCAUUCUACAUACAAUCAAAAGUAUUUCGUGCCAAGGAGCGUAUAGAUCGUGAACUGCUCCACAGGGUCAAAGAAGUCGUCAAAGAUAACCAAGUUCCCAUCAAAACUGUCAAAGAAAGUUGAAUGUAGCUGGAAUUUUCGCCCUAAAAAAAAAAUAUAAUAAAUCUGCAUGUCUAUCUGUCUCUCCGGCUGUUUGAACAAGCUGUAUACAUAGUUGUUGUUUAAAAUUGAUAAAUUUGAAUUUGCUAAUAAACGGCAUCCAUAA